UGUCAACUGUGUGUGCCAAGGGGCGCUUCGCAUUUACCAAUGCGAUUAAUGAAGAAAAAUAACUUAUUGAGGAAACACUAAACAAAUAAUCGGCUUCUCUGUGCUUUAUAUGCAAGAGGUCUGCAAGGAAUCAGCCUUCUGAACGAGCACAAAGGAAAAUUUAAAAAAGGAAUCAAAGGUCAGUUGUGGAAUGUCUGAGCUUCAUUAAGCAAUCCAGCAAUUUAGCAGAUUCUUGCCUCUCCUUGAUCACUUGACUGCAGUCCUGCUGUCUGAUUGGAUCUGCUUUUGAGGAGAUGGUAUCUACCACAGUCCUAUUCUCAAGGGGGGAUUCAUGGACUUCAAAUCUAAGGGUCUAGACUGAAAAUAGCUUUUGUCUUCGUUGUUGUUGCCAUCUGCUCCCCUCUCCCUUCUCAUCGACACCAGUGAGAGCUAAAGUGGACUGGAAACACCAAAUAUUCUUCUGAUUCCACCGCAGUCCAUCUUGUCUGAGGAUAACAGUGGUGUUCAGUCCACUCUGGGUCAUGCUGUGUGGCUGAGUUCUAUGCUCUAGCUGAAAUGAGGUUGGUGAUUUUGGGGUCGUGGCCCCUCUUGGUCUUGACCCUCACACUCACCCUCAACUGCCUAAUGCACCUUUGCCAUGGUGCCACACCCUUUCCUCAGGACCUGGAGCCAAUCAAAAUUGUCGACAGUGAAUGCACCUACCUGUACCCCAGUUUCCAGGGGAACAUGUCAGAUAAUGACACUGCCAGACUGGGGCUGGAUUUUCAAAGGAUGCUGCGGAUUAACCACAUGCUCUAUAUUGCAGCCAGAGAUCAUGUUUUUGCCAUUAACCUCAGUGCUUCAACUGAGCGUAUCUACCCCCAACAGAAACUGACAUGGAAGACAAAGGAUGUGGAGAAAUGCACAGUCAGGGGGAAAAACAGCGAUGAGUGUUACAACUACAUCAAAGUGCUGGUACCACGUAACGAUGAAACUCUCUUUGCAUGUGGAACAAAUGCAUUCAACCCCACCUGUCGCAAUUACAAGAUGUCAUCUCUGGUGCAGGACGGAGAGGAAGUGGUUGGUCAGGCCCGCUGCCCUUUCGAAUCACGCCAGUCCAACGUUGGCCUAUUUGCCGGCGGCGACUUUUAUUCAGCCACGAUGACGGAUUUUCUAGCAAGUGACGCAGUGAUUUAUCGAAGUUUAGGAGAAAGUAGUCCUGUCCUGCGAACCGUAAAAUAUGACUCAAAAUGGCUACGAGAACCUCAUUUCCUUCACGCUAUUGAGUACGGAAACUACAUCUACUUCUUCCUUAGUGAGAUUGCAGUGGAAUACACCACUCUUGGCAAGGUGGUGUUCUCUAGAGUGGCUCGAGUGUGUAAGAAUGAUAAUGGUGGUUCUCCGCGAGUUCUAGAGCGUUACUGGACAUCUUUCCUGAAAGCUCGGCUGAACUGUUCAGUUCCGGGUGAUUCAUUCUUCUACUUCGAUGUCCUUCAGUCAUUAACCAACGUCAUGCAGAUCAACCACAGGCCUGCGGUGCUGGGUGUCUUUACCACUCAAGCCAACAGCAUCACCGGUUCUGCAGUGUGUGCAUUCUUCAUGGACGACAUUGAGAAAGUCUUUAAUGGGAAAUUUAAGGAGCAGAGAAACAGUGAGUCAGCCUGGACACCAGUUCCUGAUGAGAUGGUGCCCAAACCCAGACCGGGAUCGUGUGCAGGUGAUGGCCCUGCGGCUGGUUAUAAGUCCUCUACAAAUUUCCCUGAUGAGACACUUACAUUCAUUAAGUCUUACCCACUAAUGGAUGAAGCCGUACCUUCUGUCAACAAACGCCCCUGCUUCACAAGAACCACCAGCAGGUUCAAGCUGACCCAGAUUGCAGUGGACACGGCCGCUGGACCUUUUAAGAACUACACAGUUCUGUUUCUGGGCUCGGAGAACGGACGAGUUCUGAAGAUUCUCGCCAGCACACAAAUAAACUCCUCAUACAGCACCCAGGUUUUGGAGGACAUAGAUGUAUACAACCCCAACAAGUGUAAUGUGCGUGGUGAGGACCGGAGGAUUCUGGGAUUGGAGUUGGAUAAGGACCAUCAUGCCCUGUUUGUAGCAUUCUCAAGCUGCGUGAUCCGCAUUCCGCUCAGUCGCUGUUCUGACUAUGGCGUCUGCAAAAAGAGCUGUCUGUCCUCACGAGACCCCUACUGCAUCUGGCUGAGCGUGGGGAACUGUGCCACAGUGGCGCCGGGACUGAAGUUUGGAUUUGAACAGUAUGUGGAGAGUGGAUAUCUUCAGUACCCAGACAACUGUCAUGAUGUCAUGGCCACGACUCGCAAGCAGAACCCUGCAGUGGACUCUGCGUAUGGAAAGACCUCACCCACAAGCGCCACCACAACCAAUCAGGGGCCAGCUCUGCCUAAAGUCAAAGGUGUCUCUGAGACAGGUACCCACCCCGAGGAGGGGAGACGGGGAGGGCAGGGUUCUCCUGACUUGGAGCCAGUCAGUGUGGAGAUGGAGGUUGGAGAUCUCUCAUGUGUCUGUUGGUCGCCUGUCUCUGGAAGUGUGGUUACCUUCUUGUUCACCUUCGCCUUUGCCUGUUAUCGUCGCCCAGUUCCCUUGGAGGAGGAUUCCUCGUUCUCUGCCCGCAUGUCAGGGGAGAGACCUUAGCCUGGGCUUUGCUUCGCACCACACCAGCUCCAAUGGACAUUCUUCGUAUUGCUCCUGACUUCCACAACGCACGCACUUAUCCUACAAACACACUCAUCCCUUAGCCCGUUGAGCAGCUAAGUUUUUCGACUCUUCUCACCACUGCAGCUGGUGCCGGGUGCGCCUGUCAUUAUUUGCAGAAAGCCUUUGUUAUUAAUAAACUCAUUGACUGUUCCCCUCUGCAUUUGGGUCCCUUUGUCUCCCCUCACCCUCUUGACAAUAAAUUAUCUAAAUCCGAUCGCUCAUUUCAUUUGAUGCUGGCCUAGGUCAGAAUAUUGAGAAAUAAGUUGUAACAAAGAAAAAAAAAAACAGAUUAUAUAAUCUAGGCAUUUUUUGUCCCCACAUUUUGGAAUUUGGGGCAUUUUUGUCUCUUUUGUUUGUUUCUGACACUGGUCUCAUUACAUUUUGACAUGUACAGUAACAUCCAUGUUCUAUCUGACACUUUUCAAUAGAUUUUGAAUGAAUGAUGUUUGUAGGAAUAAUAUUUGGGUGAAGUCAAGGUCUCGCUGCUAAUUAUGAUGUACAACCAACCACAGCUGUACUACAUGGAUGAUGUUUAUCAUACCACUCGAGGGCCAAAAAUGACUCUGGCCAUUUAGCUGCUCUGGGCCCUUGAUUUGCAGGUGACUGUGACGUCUGUGGCUUUCCGGCCAGAUGGAAAGUCCACAUGCUUCACACUCUUGCUACGGUUGCAGCUUUAGAGAAUAGUUCUAAAUCUGUAUGAAUUUCUCUCUUCUGUGGGACAUAAAAGGAGAUUUAUUUUCCUAAAGAUAUCUUUUGUGUUCUACAGGGAAAAUAAAUUUAAAUGUGUUUGGAACAACAUGAGGGUGAGUAUAUGAUGAUAAUUUUGUUUUUGUUUUUUUUGUUUAAAUAUCCAUUUAACAUUUAUGUAUCAUGUUGAUUUCUACACUGUUGUUUUUACAAAAAAAAUUUGGCAGCUGUGGUUGCCAGAAUAAUUAUGUAAAAAAUACAGUAAAAAUGUAAACAACUUUACAGAACAACCUGUAAAUUUUACAGUUUAAAACUGUUGUAAUUUACAUGGCCACGAUGGCACUGUAAAAAAAAUUCUGUUAAAUUUACAGUAAAAAAAAACCUCAUAAACUUGAUAUUAGCCUACUGAAACUGUAAAAAUCUGCUUUUUACAUUAUAAGGUAUUUGUUGUAACUACAGAAGAGUACAUGAUGACAUGAAGUUCAUCAAUAGUGGCUCUUCCAGGAGCAAUUACCAAUAAACACGUAGAGACAGUGCUCAUUGUCACUCACACAAACACAAAACACCAUCAGGGUAACACAUGUGAAAUUAAAAUAACGCAAUAAACAUUAACUAAACUACAUCAAAUAUAAAACAGUACACCCCGAUGUACAUAACUGAUAUUAAAAAUAAGAAGAAACAUAACUAUUCCCAUAAAUAUAAUGAAAUGUAAUGGGUCACGCAGGGAAUUGUGGGAACACCUGAUUACUGCUUUAUACUGUAAUUUUAACAAUAGUUUGCUGUAAAAAGUAAAUGUACUCUGUCUAAACGUAAUUUUUUAUUUUUUUUUACCAUUAUGCAGGAAAAUCAUACUUUUUAUUGUAAAAACUACUGUAUUGUCUUUUAAAAUAUAUUACAAUUUGUUACUGCAUAUUUUACAGUUAAUAAUUGUUAAUCAACGUUUUAUUUCUGUAGCAUUUUUACAGUCUUUUACUGUUAAAAUUACAGAAUUUUUUUUACAGUGUAGUGCCUAAUUAUGAUAACUGAUCAUAAACUAAAUGUCGUCCAUGAAAAGUGUUACAUUCUAUUAGCAAUCUCAGGACCCCAGAUAUAAAACAUUAAUAAAUGCAAUGUA